CAGGAUCCCACUUGUUCUGACUGGGCAAUCUGGAAAAGAGUAUGUGGGGGGAAAAAAAAGAAACAGCCGGGAGACAUCCAACAAGAUCGUGGAUCCAUAGGCUGCUGCAGGUCCCGUCUUCACCUGCGGAUACAACUCAUGGUCAUUAUUGCUCUUAUCUGUUCUCAAAGUUGCCCCAAAUACAGCGAUAAUGACCGUACUUUGUAUUCGGGUGAAGACGGUAGGUAUGAGGAGAAUAUUGGCUGGCGAGGUACCGAGUAUUCAGCAUCAAGCAAAGUGAAGGCUGGUAGUGCGUGACCUGGUAGACAUCGUGUGGUGGGAAUGGACUUGUUAAGUUCGAGAGUAUACACAGCAUCAACGAGGCGAAGGCUGGUAGGCAUUAUCGGGCAGGACUCAGCUUGAAGUUGACACGUGGCAUGUCUUGGUAGACAUUAUCCGCCGAGAAUAAGUGUGAGCUUGACACGUGGCAAAGUGUAGGUAGACAUCGCCUACCUGGAAUCAGCAAAAGAGAGAGAGAGAGAGAUCAACACAGAGUUCUCUGCGUCUUGCAGCUGUCUGAGCUUAUGGAGGAGGCAUUGUCCAGGAGGGACCGGUUGCGUGCACUGAGGGAAGUAGCAAUAGGUGGGCCUGCAGCAGAGGAACAGGUGCCAGUGGCUGGGUUCUCCCUUGAGGAUCAAAGAGGGGAUGAUGCUGACAAUAAGAGGGGGGGCAGUGCUGAGAAGGAGGGCGAAGAAGAGAAGGGGGGUAGUAAGGGGAGGAGCAGGGAAGGGCAUACAUCCCAAGCAGCUGAAGAUGGAGGCAACGCUGGAGAGGAGGAGGAGGAGGAGGAGGAGGAUGGUAGAGGUGGAAAAGGCGAUGGUGAUGCUGGGCGUGAGGUGCGGUUUCGAAAUUACUUGCCCAGAGACAAAAAGCUGUUGGAGAGACGGAUAGUCGGACCCGAAAUUCCAAAGUUCAUUGAACCUGUUAUGAAAGGCCCCUCCGGCUCCGAAGAGCUAGGAGAAGUAGACGUCGAUCCAAUUGUGAGCAUUGCACCGAGGAAGCCAAACUGGGACCUUCGCCGGGAUGUCGCCAAGCAACUUGCAAAGCUGGAGAGGCGAACGCAAAGGGCGAUGAUCGAGCUCAUGCAUGAGGAGGAGCAAAGGCGGCAGCGGGAAGAAGCAGGAAAGAAAGAUCAAGAAGACGGCGACUAGUGAAGAAAAGAGGAAAAGAAAAAGCAGAUUUUGAUGAUGAGCUUUCAAACACGACGGAUUGGAGUGAUUCUUCCACGAGAGUAGUAGCUUAGCGU